AUGACAGGAGUCUUCUCACGCUUCCUUCCUCUCUCCCUCGCAACUCCAGAGCGGGUGUUAUAUCCUACGAAGCCUAAGACGUCAGUGCAGAAGGUUCCUGUUCUCGGAGGAUCCCCCAUCUCCUUCGAGGAAGCCACGACUCUCCGCGCCCGUGUCUUCGGCUCUGCCAGUCUGCUCGGCGCCGCAGAGAACGAAUGGCUCGGUCAGUCCUUCUGCUUCCACGAGCCGGAGAAGCCCCUUGGCUAUGCCCUCAAGGUCACCAAGAACACCACGAAGGGCCUGGCCAUGUGCGUGCAGGGGUACAUCCUCAAGCACUUGCUCUUCAGCCGUCGGGGGCCCAGGGUCGUUGCUGAUCCUGCCAGCCUCUUGAAAGCGUCCGCGAAGAGCCAAGAGGACUGCCUCGUGGGCGCCCUCAGUGACAUCCUGUGGAAGGUGGGCGACAGGCAGCGCGCCGUCCUGUGUCUCACCCAAGAUGAGGUUCACGUGAACGACUCCCAGCUGUACAGGGGCGACGGGUGCACGGAGAGGAUACACACUUUCGAGUUCAGGAAGCAAGAUGAACUGACAUUCAACCUCAAGAAAUAUCUAUUCGAGUUUAUGUCCGAGGGCGGUGACGGGCUCCUUCUGUUCGUCUACAGCAUCGUCUUAUCGCGAGGUUUCGAAAAGUUGAAGGAGGACAUGGCCGACGAGGAGGUGAGUCUCGUGCAGACCAACGGCGCCAUCCACCCCGUCCUGGCCGCCCUCAUGCUCACCGGACGCGCCUCCCACUACCUCCACAACGGCGUCAUCUACGAGGGCAGCGAGUCGUCGAUGGGCAAACCAAAGACCGGCCUCAUCACCCGAGGGGAGGUCGGCUACCUGGUGUGGCGUCGGGAGGAGGAGGGGGGGGAGGUGCCCGUCGGGUCGCGCCUCAAGACCCCCUCGCUUCCGGUCUGGGUCACGCGCUGCAACGACCACUACGGCAUUCUCUUCAACCCGAAUCGAGAACUGACCAGGGAUUACCACGCGGAGAACAGGUUCGACCUUCACUAUUACUCAAGUCACGCCAGCCAAGUGGAUGCUACUAUCGUCACUAUUGAUACUCGGAGCCAGACGGUGAAGGACGAAUUCCACGCUCCUCCACUUGAAAACCUCGUCCACACAAAAUGGCAGGGCGCGGACGUCAACUGGAAUGGCACCGCGCCGUACGUGUAGGCUCUCCUCCUCCUUCUCCUCCAUGAAGGUCGUCUGUAGGAGGAGUCUACAGGAGGAGCUGUGAGAAGGAGGCGUCAGGAGCUUUGGGAAGGAGGCGUCAGGAGCUUUGGGAAGGAGGCGUCAGGAGCUUUGGGGAGGAGGCGUCAGGAGCUUUGGGAAGGAGGCGUCAGGAGCCGUCAGGAGCUAUAAGGGGCUGUGGGAGUCGUCAGGAUAUUUUAGGGUCGCGCGUGUAUGUUUUUCGAGUUCCUUGCUACGGCGUCUGCUGGAGGAAACGUCGAGGAACGUUAGGAAACGUCAAGAAACGUUGGGCAUUGUCAGGAGAUCAGAAACUGUCAAGAUACGAUAAAUUAGCGUGUUAAAGGAUCUCACUUCUUUCCGCGACGCCGAAAGGAACACGUCGGGAACUUAAGGGACGGCAAACAUUUGAGAUUCCGAUGCCCUACAACUUUCAACACCUACAGGAGGACCCGUCAGAAGCCGUCAGGAACUCGAUAGAAACCGCCAGAAAAUGCCAGGCGAUGUCAGAAAACGCCAGUAAUUGUCAGUAAACGUCAGGACCGCGUGAGAUAAUGAGGUUGGAUCCCUUGCUACCAUGUCCUAUGUGCCUGUAGCAUCUCUGCGCUGCGAUAGAUAAAAGGUUUCAUGCCUUAUAGAUAAAACAAAAGUUUUACGUCUGAUAGAUAAAGGCUUUUAUGUCUGUCGGUGCUGAAGGAGAAUGAAUGAAUGGAGUAUAAUUGAUGUAACGCUGAAAUCAACAAUUUAUGCUGGAUCUGUGUGCUGAGUGCCAGAGAUGACUCAGCAAUCACGUGAAAAAAUGUAGAAAAAUACUUUGCUUUUGAUACUCUUCUGGAUAAGAUAUUUGACAAGAGAGAAGAUAUUCGAUAUUAUAUACUUUCCUUGUGAUUUUCUAUUUAGUUUUCCUUCUCAGAGACAAACAAAAGCUCAAGAACAAGGAGAGAAAUUAGAAACAAAAAAUGUAGUAAUAAUAAUAAUAAUAAUAAUAAUAAUAAUAAUAAUAAUAAUCAUAGUA